AUGUCAAAGAGCGUGACCUUCACUGAUGGGGUGACGUCUGAUAGCAUUUCUUGGAACAUUGGAACAUUAAUAUUCAAUAAAGUUAUUAGUAACGUCGGAGGUGGGUAUAACCCUCACACCGGAAUCUUCACCGCACCCGUAUCAGGCGAUUAUGUGUUCUUCGUCACCAUCCAAAGUACCAGCAGAAGUGGUGUACAAGUAGAUAUUGUGUUAAAUGGAUCUAGUAAAGUUCGAGCGAUGGCUAGUUCUUAUGACACAAAUGAUCGUUGGGAGACAGGUACUAACCUUGUAACAUUAUUUCUGAAACAGGGGGACACAGUGUGGAUAAGACAUCACCAUGGUACUGGUUAUUACACGUACAGCGAUGCUCCUACCACCACGAUCUCUGGAUACCUCAUUUAA